AUGAUGGAGGGUGUCAGUACGACGGAGCUGGAGGCGAUGGUUUCACUUCUCAAAGAAGAAAUUGAACAUCACGCACGCCGUGCAAGACGCCUGCAGCGGGAGAAUGCCGUUCUCAUUCGCACAAUCCUCCAAUUACAACAACAACAACACCAGCAAUCACAAUCACAAUCACAAGAGAGACCAUCAUUAUCAUCAUGUGUACUGCCAAGCCCUACGGAAGUGGCAUCUCCACUGAUCUCUGGGAGUCCAGCAUCUCCAAUGACGUUAUAUAGUGGAGAACGUAAAUUGGAUGCAUGUCAAGAAGAAAUGCAAAAAGAAGAAGAAGAAUCAGGACGACUAGAACAAUGUUUACCGUAUCCUGAUAGUAAUAGUCAUCAUCAUAAUAAUGAUAGUGAGAAUAGUAUUAUACAUUACAAGAAUCAAGUGGCCGCUUUACAGAAACGUAUACAGACGUUAGAAAGACGAUUAGAGUAUGAACGACAACGGCGUAAACGACAGGCAGGGGAAUACGCUAUGGAGAUUAAAUUAUUGCAAUUAGCCUUGGAUGAAACUGAGAGAGGGGGUGUGCCUCAUUUUCAUGAUAAAACACCAUUAGAAUUUCACUCGUGUGAUUCUCAUGAUGAUACUAAUAAUAAUAAUAAUGAUAAUAAUAGCAGUCAUGAUGAUAAUAAUGAUAAUGAUAAUAUUAGUAGAUGUAGUAGAGGUAGUAGUGAGUAUAGUCUACGGCGAACGGCGAGCGCUACAAUGGCGAUGGAUUCUUAUGAUGAUGAUGAUGAUGAUGACCAUGAUCAUCAUCGACAAACAUCUGGUAUGCACAAUUAUAAUAAUAAUAAUAAUAAUAAUAAUAAUAAUAAUAAUAAUAACAAUAGUAAUAGUUCACAUCCCAUUAGUGAGAGUAGAGAAGAGAGAAACAAGAAGAGAGUAAACUCGCAUUCCAAUACGCAUAGAAGUAGUCAUUGUAGUGAUUCCACUCCAUCUCUUCUUCACACCGCCACGGAAGUCUCUCCCCCGCCUCUCUCCAGCAUUACUCGUCCACAAACAGAAGUCUACACAUCUCCCACCUUUACGUUUAUCCCAACAAGGCGUGGAUUACAACAGCAACAACAACAACAAGAAAAACCUUCUAAUGUCAUUUUAUCGGAUAUUACGGAAACCGCACAGGAUGAUUUCUUUAUUCGCACCGCCUCACGAAUGGAAGGACGUAGACGACGAUUACGACAAGUUGUGGAAAGACACGCCAGUGAAGAAGUGAAUACAGAAACAACCGCUGGAGAACACACAGACGCCUCUGUCGCUUCCACAUCUAUUCCACAAUCAGGAAUAAAUGGUUCGCCUAUGAGUGGAACAUUGGGAACACAGACGGGAAUAACAGAUCUCAUCACUACUCCAAUGAAAACAAAUAAUAAUAAUAAUAAUAAUAAUAAUAAUAAUAAUAAUAAUAAUAAUAAUAAUAAUAAUAAUAAUAAUAAUAAUUCUACAAAAACAACACUACCGCGUACAAGCAGUCGUUUACAUCAUCGACGGACUAAAUCUGCCAUGUCCCUUCCACAUACUACUACAGAUGGUAUAAAUUAUAAAAGUAAUGGUACUUCAUCCACAUCUGUUGGACAAUUGUUUAGUUCCCCGUCUGGUAGUUCGCUUCCCACAAUGACGAUAGCGACUGUACCAAAUAAUCCAAAUCAAUUAGGAGAGGAAGUGGAUCCAAAAGGAGUACAUAAUCGUGUUUGGUAUAUUCAUCAAAUUCUUCGUUUGACCUUUGCAAAGGCUAUUCAAUCAUCCUCGGAAACAACAUAUCCUCUAUCUAUGGAUGAACCGAAACUGGACAAGAAUAAGCAUGAAGGUCAUUCAUCUGAACAGAAACAAGAAAUAGGUGAACGUACAUCUCCGAAUUCGUCAGAUUCCUCUGAUUCUUCUGAUUCUUCUGAUUCUUGUUUACAGUCCACCUCUUUUGAUAAUGUGAUGUGUACAAUGGGGCCUACAUCUUCUAAGCCUAGUGAUGUUUCAACGAAUGUUGUUCCUCCUCAUCAAGGGACAUCCAAAACUAAUACUAAUACUAAUACUACUAAUACUAAUACUACUAUUACUAAUAUUACUGUAGAGAGAGGUGGUGUUUACAGCAGUACUCCAUCUGCUGCCGUUCAACGUGCCAUUGAUGAAGAAAUUUCUCUACAUUUCCGCUGUUGUCAUGAUGCGGCUGUGAUGGAAACAGCCAAUACCCCAUUCCCACGUGAACUUCCACCUUUUCGUGAAGAAAACAGUAAUCGUGAUCUUAUUGAGACAUUUGCGAUGGAUGUUUCUUCACAGAGUAGAAUACGUGAAGAUGAGGUGCGUAUUAUUUUACAUGCCCCUGUUUUGUUUAGUCAAAUCCGUAGUUUUCUUCGUAUGGAUGUAGAUGGAUUGCGAGCCGCACUGAGUUCAGAUUGUGUCUGGCGUCAAACCCUUUCACCUGGUAAGAGUGGAACAACACUUAUCUAUUUUGGUAAUUUUGUAAUGAAGAGUGUAAAAGAGAGUGAGUAUCGUUUUUUAAAACAUCGCUUUCUUAGUAGUUAUGCGGCAUUUUGUGAACGAAAUCCAAAUACUAUGUUACCUCGUUUCUUUUUAUUACUUUCCUUUACAUGGAUGCGGCUGCGGGAGUGUAAACGGUAUGUGUUAAUGCAGAAUGUAUUUGCUACUCGUUAUUAUAUUCAUCGUAUUUAUGAUGUUAAGGGAAGUACAGUGGGUCGUAGUGCCACCAGUAAUUCAACGACAUCUCCUACAAAUACUCACAAUACUCAUAAUACUAAUACUAAUAGUAAUAGUAAUCCUACACAUACAACAACUACUACUAGUACUAGUACUACUACUACUACUACUACUACUAAUCAUAAUCAUCAUAAUAGUAAUAGUAGUGGUACACAUAUCACUGAUAGUGUAGAUAGUAGAGCCCCACGCACACCAUUUGGUGCAUUAUUAUUAAAAGAUAAUGAUCUCCCGACUCAACUCAUCAUUUGUGGAGCUUUACAGCGUGCCCAUCUCUUAGCCCAAUUCCGUAGUGAUACCGCCUUUCUACAAGCUCUCAAUAUUGUGGAUUAUAGCUGUCUCAUUGGUGUACGCAGUCGUGUGUUCUCACGUACAGAAGGACCAUCCAAAACAAUUAUAUUAAAAGAAAGACGGGGAUCUACUUGGCAAGAAACAAUGAGUUCUGUUGCGAUUGGUGUAGGAACACAACACGAUCUACAGAUGGAUAGUACAUGUAUAUUUGGCUGUGAUGGUGGUUUACUCUCUUUGCCUAUUUACACCACUGGAGAUGAUACCACCGCAAGAGAGGAUGUUUACUAUAUUGGUAUUAUUGAUGUUCUGCAGGAGUAUACACCGGCAAAACGACUGGAGAACUUUGCAAAGGGUUUAUGGAAUGAUAGACGGCAAAUUAGUGUUGUCCCACCAAAGGAGUUUGCUGAGCGAUUGUAUAAGGUAUUGGAAAAUAUUACGGUGUAA